UCUCCACCAUCCCCAAGUCUUCCCGAGAAACACUUCGAAGAAGAAAAAGAGCAAGCUAGCGCCUUAAUCAGAUUCCCGGAAAAAAAUGGCCAACAAGCUUGUCGCAGUGUUUCUCGUGUGCGUCGUCCUCGCCGGAGCGCUGCACGCCCGCGAGGCCGAGGCCACCGCCGACGGCGCGUUCAAGUCGUGCUUCACCGCCUGCCACGACGGCUGCAAGGCCGGCGGCCACGGCUUCACCUUCUGCGAGAUGAAGUGCGACACCGAGUGCACCGAGAAGGAGCUCGCGGAUAAACUAAAUUUGCAUUUAUAAGAGGCCAUGACUUGUGCAAGUCCUUCAAGGGGAAGAAGAACAAAGGGAGAGUAAUGAUGUAAUAUAUCAGUGGAUUUCAGUCUUCUGAUUCCAUCGCCAUCAUAUUCUUGAAGAACUUCUAAUAAAAUCUUUUAUACGGAGCUUAA